AUGCUAAAAUUGUACACAGAUGGAGCAUUUCUACAGUCAGCAACUCAUGGAGGGGUGGGAGGUGUCAUGCGGAAUGAAAAGGGUGAAUUCAUUGUUGGAUUUGCUUAUCAUAAAGAGUAUGUCACUUCUGCAAUGCAUGUGGAACUUCUUGCAAUUAAACAUGGGCUAGAAUUGUUGCAAGCCAUGACAGUAACAAAUGUUAUUGUUCAAAGCGAUUGUCUCUUGGCUAUAAAGGCUAUUUGUGAGGAGGGUGAGAAUUUCACAACUCUAGGCAACUUGGUGGAAGAUAUCAAGGCUCUUCUUCAUCAGUUGCCUUCGAUUGGGAUACAAUAUGCUUAUCGAACCUCCAAUAGAGUAGCCCACAAGUUUGCAAGUUAUGGUUUUGAUGCUAAUACCCAUACUAAAUGGUUCUCAAACGCUCUAGAGUUUGUUCUGGAUGCCCUCAUUUACGAUUGUAAUCGUAUGCUUCAAUAA